AGUCAUCGUGUAUUCUUCUUUGUUAUUGGUAGUGUUUGAACAACGGGUAUAUUGACGAUUAACCAUGAAUUUUUGAGGCGAAGUUCAACAUCAUACAUAUGUUUAAUAUAAAUAAUAUUGUUAAUAUUUCGUAUAACGGUGCUUUUUAAUAUAAAAGGUUGAUAAAAUUAUAAAUAAUCUGGAAUUUAAUGCGUUCAACUCGCCACAAUAGAGAUAAAGUGUUUAAAAAUAUUGUUUUGUAUAAAUAAAAGAAAACAAAACAGAUAUACAUAUACAUACAUAUUUAUGUAAAUAAUUUUUCUUUUUAAAAAGACCCCUAAACUAAAUGUUAAAUAUAAAAGAAAACAAAAAAAAAAAAAUACAUACAAAUAGUGGUCUUGUGUAGAAAAUUCAGGCAGCAUAGUACAUAUUGUUAGCUGUUAAGUUUCCUUAAAAGUGCUGGGCACUGGAAAAUAUAUUCAUAUAUAAAAACUUUCGAUUUAAAAAAAAUAUAUAUUUUCCUAAAGUGGAAUUGUAAAAACUUGCCUUAAGUUGAAAACAGCAUGAAAAUGGUGUUGUCGCAACGGCAGCGCGAGGAGCUUAACCAAGCGAUUGCCGACUAUUUGGGCAGCAAUGGAUACUCAGAAUCUUUAGAAGCAUUCCGCAAGGAAGCCGAUCUCAGUGGUGAAACAGAAAAAAAGUUUGGCGGUCUACUCGAAAAGAAAUGGACAUCAGUAAUACGUCUACAAAAGAAAGUCAUGGAACUUGAGGCUAAACUUUCCGAAGCAGAAAAAGAGGUUAUAGAAGGUGCUCCAUCAAAAGCUAAACGUAGUCCAGGCGAAUGGAUACCAAGGCCACCAGAGAAAUUUUCAUUGACCGGUCAUCGUGCCAGCAUAACACGAGUUAUAUUUCAUCCAAUAUUCAGCCUAAUGGUGUCAGCUUCUGAAGAUGCUGUCAUUAAAAUUUGGGAUUUUGAGACAGGCGAAUAUGAACGCAGCCUUAAAGGUCACACAAAUUCUGUGCAAGAUAUUGCAUUCGAUGCUCAAGGCAAAUUGUUAGCUUCAUGUAGUGCUGAUUUAUCCAUCAAACUAUGGGAUUUCCAACAGAGCUAUGAAUGCGUCAAAACAAUGCACGGCCAUGACCAUAAUGUAUCAUCGGUUGCUUUUGUACCAGCUGGUGAUUAUGUUCUUUCAGCUUCUCGUGACAAAACCAUUAAAAUGUGGGAAGUUGCAACCGGUUAUUGCGUUAAAACGUACACAGGUCACAGGGAAUGGGUACGUAUGGUUCGCGUGCACAUGGAUGGUAGUAUUUUUGCAUCAUGCUCAAUUGAUCACUCAGUUCGGGUUUGGUCGACAAAUUCAAAAGACUGCAAGGUUGAAUUGCGCGAUCAUGAUCAUACAGUCGAAUGUAUUGCUUGGGCGCCAGAGGCUUCUUCUUCAGCUAUAAAUGAGGCUGCUGGAGCUGAUAAUAAAAAGGGUCAUCAUCAAGGACCCUUCUUGGCAUCUGGUUCAAGAGAUAAAACCAUACGCGUCUGGGACGUAAGUGUUGGUUUAUGUUUAUUUGUGCUGUCCGGCCACGACAAUUGGGUGCGAGAAUUAGCAUUCCAUCCUGGUGGUAAAUAUUUAAUAUCAGCCAGUGAUGACAAAACAAUUCGAGUUUGGGAUUUACGUAACAAACGAUGCAUGAAAACACUUUAUGCUCAUCAACAUUUCUGCACUUCAGUUGAUUUCCACAAAACACAUCCAUAUGUAAUUUCUGGUAGCGUAGAUACAACGGUUAAGGUUUGGGAAUGUCGUUAAGCCAAUAGUUAUUAAAUUAGAAUGGGGCGAUACUUGUAGCGUUUGUUAGCUUGUACACCCCAGGAGAAGAUAAAUACAUACAUAAUACUAUUUAAGAGCUACAAUUUACUUCAAUUACUGCAGAAUAUACACAGAACAUACACACAACAUAUACAUUUAAAAAAAAUAUACAUAUAUUUAUUGAUUAUAAUUUAAUUUGAAUACAAAACAAAAUAAAGAUGGAUCUCUCUCAGAUUCGUCGAUAUUAAUUAUUAGAUUAUAUAUAAAUUACGUUUAAAACAAAACAAACAAGAAAUGGCAUCGUAUAUGUAUUUGCUAAAAACAAAAACAAAGAAAUAUAAAAUUCUUACAAUUUGUUGUCGUUUGGCGUAAAAUCAUAUUCGAUAGAGUCGUAACGUAACACUUAUUCUUUUGUUGAUCGUUCGUACUGGACUAAACAAAUCGUUGAAAUAUUGACAACUUGUGGGUGUCAAUAUUUUUUUACCGGUUCACAAGGAUCAGCAAAAUUGUAUGUUUUCUCUCCUAAAUUUUGAAUAAUAAGUAUUGAGUAGAACUCGAAUCAUAUAUUAUGUACGUACGCCUUAUAAUUAAUUAAUUGUAAUCAUAAACACUUUCGUUUAAGUUUUUUUUUUGCUUGCUGGAUUUUUAUUUUUCUAUAAUAAUUAUUAUUAAACCUAAACUAUCAUUAUUAGAUUUAUGAUUUUAUAUGAAACUUAAAGAAAAACGUGUCUCUUAAAUUCAAGUUCAAGUAGAAGAUUUAAGUUAAUAUUAAUUCGUAGUAAAGUAGAUAUUUUUCCAUUAGGGCGAGUUAUAAUAAAUCCAACUGCAAUUGA